CGCGCUGCAAACCCACUGCCCUUCUCUCUCUCUCGCGCGCUGCAAACCCACUGCCUCUCCCUUCUUCCCUUUUCCUUCCCCUUCUGACCGUGGCUUCUUCCCCUUCCGACUGCAAACCCACUGCCCAUCACUUUCUCUCUCGCGCUGCAAACCCACUGCCUCUCCCUUCCUCUUCCGACCGUGCCUUCUUCCCCUUCCGGUUGUAAACCCACUGCCUCUCUCUCUCUCUCUCUCUCUCUCUCCCGUGCUACAAACCCACUACUUCUCCCUUCCCUUUCCGGCCGUGAAGAAAUUCUGUUUCUCUCGUUUUUUUUUUUUCAACAAGAAGCACUCUUUUGGAGAGAAAAAGCAACUGAAGAAGAAGAUAAAGCGAUGGAGGGCCUCUCGUAUGAAACAAGAUCCAGUUGUUUGGAGAGCUUUGGCCGGGAAAGGAGAGAGCCAGAGGAUGAAAUUUUUGAACUUGUAGAGGAAACAAUGGAAAAGGAAGAAAAGGAGACGACGAAGAGCAACCUAAUAGUUGGGCUGUGGAGGAUCGACGAAGACGACGACGAGGAGACAUGGGUGAUGAGCAAGAAGAAUAAGGAGAAGAAACAUGUGUUUCUUCAAGGCUAUGUAGAGGCGGCUAAUGAGCUUGAUCUGGAGAGGGGGAAGAGCUUGACUGGUGAGGAUCUGGAUGAGUUGAAAGGAUGUCUGGAUUUAGGGUUUGGAUUUAGCUAUGAAGAAAUCCCUGAGCUCUGUAACACCUUGCUGGCUCUUGAGCUUUGCUAUUCAAUGAGCCAGAGGUUUCUUGAUGACCACCAGAAGUCUGCAGACUCCCCGUCGUCGGCCACCGAGACAUGCUCGUCCCCGUGGGGGCCGAUUGCCAACUGGAAGAUUUCCAGUCCUGGUGUGUCAUCUCUUUAAAUGUCUUAAAAUUGCUUAAUUUAUAGUUGGCUUGCUCUGAAAACUUCUUAAUUAGUGUUUCCAUGCUUUGUUUGUUGGAGAGUUAUCUGCAAAGCUCGUUACUUAGAGGAAAUUAUGAAUUGGGUUUCUAGGCUUUUAAAUUAGUAGUCUUUCUGUGUGACUAUUGAUGCAAAUUUAAAAUGGGUUCUUCCAAUUAUGAAGUGAAUUUUUAGGCUGAAAAGAAUUCAUUUUAACUCAUGAAAUUGUAGUGCCAAAAAUGCCAAAUUGUGUUACUUUCUUCAUCUUGUAAUAUGCCCCCCUUGCCGGAUCUUUCCUUUGACAACCCAUAAGUCUUGUUCGAAUUUACAAAACAGUAGUAAAUGUUAUUAACCUUUCUUUUGUUUAUUUGUGGCAGGACAUUCCACCAUUCUAUAUUAUAUUGUAUUUAUAGCAAAGACAGGAAUGGUGUAUGCAUGCAAGGUUUGAGCAUUGUUGAUUGUUAAUGGGUGAUGGCUGAAGAAUUUUGGCUUUAGGCUCUGCCAUCUUUAUCUUAUUCUGUGCGGUGUAAACAUAUGGCAAAAUUUCAUUACCUUGUAAAAGUCUAAAACUUUUAUCAUGUUUUGAGCAAUAAGAUG